AAUAUCUCCUUCCCCCAUGAAAUAUUGCCUGCCUACGUUUUUCCUCGCGUGCACCUAUUUUGUACCUUUGGUGAGCCCUUUUUUCCCUGUUUGGUCAAUUGGUUAAUUUGGAUUAACUGAAAGCAAUUUCAUGUUAAGAGCAAUUUCCAAGUAAAAUCAAUUUCAUGAAAUGAUAAAAAGUUAUGAUAGCUAAUUUGAUUUAUUUCUGGGAGCUUAAGUCAAACGAAUAGAGAUGAUGACACUGAGUUAAGAUUAUGGUUGAUAUCCAUCCUUUCUUAAUUUUGCAUUUACCGAUUUUUGGGAGUCUUGUAGUCUAUUUUGUAUAAAAAGAGCUCUAUUUCAGUUGAUUUGAAUUUUGCAUCCUAAAGUGUUGUUUGCCUGAAGACAACACCACGAUCAAAGCUCAAUAAGGUGACCUAAAAUAAUCACAAUAACAUUAAACUAGAGGGAUCCAGGCUAACGUGUUUGCUAAAUGGCUCAAUGGUGCUCGGAACAUAGGCAUUUUUGGCCAUUGUUGGUCCUCUUUGGGUUCGUUGGGGGGUCAUAAAGAGUUUUUGCACUAAUUGAAAGCGUCAUCAUGGCAGCUAUCGAGGUCCUGAUGAUACAAAAUAUCCAAGGGGCCUUCAUCCAUAAAGGCCAAGGCUUGGAAUUCCGAGUGCGUCCGUAAAAAAAAGAAACGCGCGCAGAAGAAUUCCAAAAAUGGAACCAAAAACGGAGAGAACGCCAGAAAGGGAACGAAGAGGAAGGAACGCCAGAAAGGGACGCAAAACCUGAACAGAGGAAAGAGACCUUUUCAGUCGAGAGCGAGGAUUCGAGCUCCUUGGAUGAUGUGUCACGUUCAAGGAAACUUGGAAAGAAAAAUGAAAGUUGGUUUAAUUAAAGUUUCGAGUUCAAGCCCUGGCAAGUGAUUGAAACACACUCCCUCGAAAAGGUUAGAAGUUUUUGGAGCGUCGGACAUGAUCGCUCAUUGAUCAAGUGUUAUUUGGCCAGGAACGAAGCAAACGGUGUCAAAGUGCCCUCAAAAAAGUGAUACUUGCCACCUGUUGUCCUGCAGAAGGGAAAUCUCUCCGCUCGAACUGAAAGAUGGCAUGUGGAAUUCACAGGAAAAUGGCAGACUAUUCCUUGUGUAGACACGAGAAAUCGUGAGUGGAACUGAAUUUGAUCUCAAUUUGAAACUUGUGUUUUUUCUUCGCCAAAGACACAAUGGACACGCGACAUCAUCAUUUUUGUGACAGUCUAAGACCUGGUCGUGACUCACAUCCAGUCUUUAUCAUCCUGCUUUUCUUCAUUGCUUGGAACUGUUCCAUCACCGAGUCAUCUGGUGUCAAAGGUCCGCCGGUGGUGGCUACCGAUUUUUUGGAACGCUAUGUGGCGCAAGAGGGCGACACUGUCAAACUGUUGUGCCCAAUCACCGGAACACCCAAGCCAUUAAUCGAGUGGUACCAAGACGAUCGCAUGAUUCCUCCAACGUGGAUGCGAUUUCGCAUCAAUCGUCGGUACAUUAAGAUCAAGGACGUGGUCUUGGCUGACACAGGCCUGUACGUUUGCAAAGGCAUCAAUGGCUUCGGCAGUGAAUCUGUUAGACUGAGUCUCAUAGUCAGAGAUCUGAAAGAAGUCUUCAAAUCCACUAAUGAAGACCCCUCUGGCCCUUAUCGAGGCUUAUCUCCGUAUUUGGCCGGGGAGCUGCCCAAUAGUUUCGCUGCGAGCAACCGAUUUCCACUACAAGGCUCAUUCGACGAAGGCGGAACGAGAAAUGGAAACUUGGGCCCGUUGGUUUUUGACUCGAGCAAAUACGAGGAACCACGAAUGGUCCAACAAACGGCCGUUCGGGGCGAUGGGAUACACAAAAAGUCCGGAGACACACUCAAGCUCGAAUGUCUCGUGGAUGGGAGUCCAGCCCCUUCGAUUACGUGGUAUAAGAAUGGCGACAUUGUGAUGAACCCUAAUCUCCAAUCUGCUCGAAGCCGAACGACUUUACUGAUGCCGGAUUUGGAUCCCUUCGACGACUCGGGCGAAUAUAUUUGUAAGGCCAGGAACGUGUGGGGCGAAAUCAAUGCCACGUUUCCAGUCAUCGUGCAUGGUGCGUCCAUGACACCCCAAAUCCUUGGACCAACGAAAGUGAACCGUUCUUUGGAUUUGGGUGAUGAGAACCCUAAGGAUGCGACUGACGAGUUUUAUUUGAGGUGUGAAGUACUUAGUUUAGACCAGACUCAGAUCCAAUGGCUGAAACAGAUUCCAAACAAGACACAUGCCCAGAACAAGAACAAAACUGUCGAGGUGUUUGAUUAUGUAUUUGAGAUCGUUCCAACGACAAUCUUCGAGAAAGGAGAGGAUGGUUUCUACAACGCGAGUUUACUCAUCAAUGUCAAGGAAUUGCAAUCCAGCGUCCAGGGCCGCUACAUUUGCCUGGUGAACAAUCCUGAUGGGCACGCGUACAAGGAAGUCUUUCUCCACUUGAGAGGUACGUCAAAGUGGCAAUCCGGAUCACAUAACUCCGAGUCAAGGUUAGAGCCAAAUCCGAACUCCAUUGCCACCCAACAAAACUCGGAGCCAAUGUCUGGCAGCAUUUCUAUGGCCUUGGUGAUCUCUGUUCCAUUAAUCAGUCUCACGCUACUCUGUGGAUUACUCUUCUUCGCUUUUUGCGUGCAGAAACCGAAUUCAAGUGGGCAGAAUAAAGCCAAAGAUGGCUCAACUCAACAAUUACGAGCGGUACUUCACGUUAAUCCACUUAACGAAACCUCUCCGUACGCCACUUCUCUAGUGGAUCCGAUCUCAGCCAAAACGGGGUCCAAUUCAGCAACCGAUUGGUUAAACACUUGCAAAACCCUUCAAGGAUCACCUUUCCAACCCUUGAGACCUCAUCAUUGGCGGCCACUUUCCGCUGAUAAGGACGAGUACGUGGAAAUUGCCCUCCAAGGCUCAGUUAAAAUGCCAUCUGAUCCAAAUGAAGAGGAGUGGGUUGAGGUGUCUAAUAAGGCCAAUCAAACCCCAUCCCAUUGGGUGUAUUCGGACAUGAUCAGCGGAAACAGCGAGCUCAUCUAUCCUCUUUUGGACACGGACGGAUCGAAUUCCAAAGAUGGCACUUUCAACACCUAUCUCAUGGACAACUAUUCCUUUCCCAAGGACAACGAUUCGGCGCUCUGUUCGGCUUCCACUUCGAUGACCAACAGCCCCUUGAUCUUGAGGCAACCGAGAAAACCUUAUUUGUCGGGGUUGGCUCAACAGCAACGCAUCUUGGGCGGGAGUGCUCAACAUUUGUACCAAAACACAGGUUGUCGACCAGUUUGUCCAGGAUCACCCCUUACAGCCUCCGUGGGGCGUUCUCCGCAUCAGAAGCUCACUAAUCCCGUCUUCCAUCAAAGCAAACAUAUCAGUUUGAAGGACAUUCAUCCCGAGUAUUUCGCCGUGCUAAAAACCGGCUCUGAACGCUCGAUCUCUGAUGGAAAAUCGAACAACCUGAGACAGGUGUCGACAGACAUCUAUGCUCGGCCACCUAGUGAUCAUUUUUACUUCAAAAUUCAAGACGGCAAGACUGAAUUCUUGUAGAAACUUGGCAAAUGUGAAUGAAAUCAAUUUCAUCGAUUGUACUCUUUUCCAGAUCUAGAGACUUAGGAACAUGGCAAUUGUAAUCCGUGAUAUUACUUAUUUGAAUUUGCCAAUGCUUUGUCAAAUGAAUAUAGUUAUGGUUUAUCUCGA